GUCCAUGGAGCCAGCAGUACUCAGCCGCGCGCCCACCGCGGACGCGCGUAACUGAGCAGGCGCGGCUGCGCGUGCCCUCGUCGUGACCGCGCGUGGCUGUGCAUGGCUGCUUUUUUUUUUCUGCCUUUAACGCGUUUCCUCAAAGUUCUCUUUCAGCCCCGCUGACAGUCUGUCUGCGCUACCAGGAGCCUGCCAGGGCGGGUAAUGCACAGUUAUGAAACAAGCUUUAUUAUUCACGGCGUCGGCAGAGCAGGUGUGACGAAAGCGGAAGUGACGUUUAAGACCACAGAGCUCUGCGAUGGAAGGCUCCGGUAAGAUGGCGCCGUCCAUGCUGCCAGCACGCUUUACUCUUCACACACACACCUCGUAUUAUAACUGCAAACAUUAAUAUACAUAUAAUAUAACUCUAAACUUUAAUAUAAAGCUACAGCUUAUCUCAUUAUAAGCUCCUGCUCGUUAGCUGUGAAUUAUGGCAAAUUAAGAUCUGAAUUAUACAGUUGUGGCAAAAUAUUUUUUCUGCAGGAAAAAUAAUCUCUAAUAAGGCUGUGGGAGCAGCUUGGCCGUUUCAGUCUGAAUUGUGUUACUCUGAUUUCAAUGUGAUAUGAUUUGGAGUGUGGUAAAUAGCCCAGCAAGUUCAUAUAUUGGGUUUUAGGAGCUGGAUAAAAAGUCUGUGUUGCAGGUAUCUCGCCCUGAGUUAUCUACAACAUUAUAUGAACACCUCUGAUAGUGAGCUACAUGGGGUCCUUUCUAAACAGUACAUCACCAGUAUCCUACAGUGGGGAGUGAAUAUUGGCUUUAGUGAUGGUGUUGCACUCCUGGAAUUGCUAUCUCAGAGUCUCUUGAAUAAUUUGUAUUAUAUGAGUGGAUUGCUCAUUCUGGUCAAUAUGAUUAAAGGACCACUAUAGUGCCAGGAAAACAUACUCGUUUUCCUAGCUCUAUAGGGUCUCAGGGUCCCCCUCCUGCCGGGCUCUAGGGUGAGGAAGGGGUUAAUCCCUUACCUUUUUUCCAGCGCUGGGGACUCUCAUCCUCCUUUCCCGUCAUCGGCUGAAUGCGCAUGCGCGCACAUUCAGCCAAUCUAUAGGAAAGCAUUCUCAAUGCUUUCCUAUGGACACUGGCGUCUUCUCACUGUGAAAAUCACAGUGAGAAGCCCUUCUAGUGGCUGUCAGUGAGACAGCUGCUAGAGGCUGGAUUAACCCAUUUGUAAGCAUAGCAAUUUCUCUGAAACUAUUUUUACAGCAGAAAGGGUUAAUCCUAGAGGGACUUGGCACCCAGACCACUUCAUUAAGCUGAAGUGGUCUGGGUGCCUGUAGUGGUCCUUUAACCUAAACAAGUGGUAAUUUAAAGGCAGCUACUAAUCUAAAGAUCUUAACCAAUUGACACCUGCACCAUAAAAGAAUGUUGUGUUUCACAUAAGCGUUGCACAUUUGUUCAGCUACCUUUACUCCAUCAAACCUUACUACAUUUCAACUCUAUAAUGAUAUUACUUGUUUGUCAAACGUGUGUUGUACCUUUUUUCAACUAAAAUAAUUGUCAAAUUAAAAUAAAAAGUGCUGCUAUAGCAUGGCUUUCAUAACCUGUGCGUUUACAAUCAAUAAGGCAGGCAGUUCCCUUUUGGAUUUCGCCUUGCUCACUGGUUAUCACAUGCAGUAUGUGGAUUCUGUAAACUGUAGGGCAUACUUUAUUCUUUUUCUUUUUAAUUGCUGGCCAUCAUGUAGAAGUGAUACAUGUCCAGAACAUUUUUUGUAAAUCUGCAAACAGUAGUGGUGAAUAUUUUAAUGUAAGCUAUUGGUGUCCUACUCAUGUAUUACUCUAAAAUGGAGAUUUCCCCUUAAAGUGUAACCGUCGCUUUUGGUUUUCAUUGUAUGUUUCGCAAGGAUCCCUGAUGUUCACAUCUCUGCCUAGAGUGCAGUGGAAGGUGGUUAUACUUAACUGAAGCUGUCCAUCCCAGUAGCUGAUGUCUUCUCCCUGGACAAAUACUGGUGCUUUACUGGAGCUGUGUUAGUACUCCACUCAUGGGCAUGUGUGAGUACAAUGCUGAGGUCUAUGGAAGAUCCUGCAGAGCUUCCCUAGAUAAGAUCUCUUGAUACCUGAUUCUCUCAAAAAUUGACGUUGAAGCUCUGUCUUUUGUCAUCCUCAGGCUUUACCUUAGAGCAGGGGUUCCCAAUUAAUUUUUCCCGUGGAACCUCAAAAAAAAUUUGGCACAGUAGCGCAUAUAGUAAACAUAUAGUAGUACUUAGGAGCAGGUGUGCUUUUGUGUGUACAGUUGGUGAUUGUAUAUAAUAGCAUUUUGAUACAGGGGUGUGUUUGUAAUGUUUGCAUUUGUGUGCAGGGGUGUGCUUGGAUGUAGUGUUAGCUUUCAAAUGCGGAUGUACAUUUGUGUGUAGUGUUAGUGUUUGAGUAUUUGAGUGAAGGGUGUGUUUGUAUAUAAAUUAAAAUUUUGUAUGUGAUGUUUGUGUUUGCAUUUUGUGUUGGUGUUUGAUUCCUGGGAUGUAUGCACAUAUACUGCCACGUACAUACACACAGACACACAUAAAAAUGUUGACACAGACACAAAGAUACACACCUUGACACAUGCACAGAGCUUGACACACAGACGCACACCAAUACACACUGACAUACACACACUCUCAGAUACACAAACCUUGACACACAGAUACACACACUCAUGCGCACAUUGGCAUAUGCACAAACCUUGACCAACAGAUACAAACAAUGGCACAUACACACGCACACACCCUGACAUACAGAUACACACACUCAGAUACAGAUACUGGCACAUACACACACCCAGACACACAUGUACACAGUGACACACACAUACACAUUGGCACAUGAAUACACACUGGCACAUACACACACAAUCUGACAUAAAUCAGAGACACCCUCCUGUUAACUUACACUGUGGUCCUGGUGAUGUUGGCUGAGGCUGAUGGGAGUGAGCUGCUACAUGCUCACUCCAGUCUUUCCUCUGCCAUGCAUGCUGCUCCCUUUCUGGGCUGCCGUCUCCAGCCCUUUUCUCUCUCCCUCCCUACUGCGCAGCAGCAACUCUGUGAAGCUGGGAUGAAGUGCUGUCGCUUCCUCACAGCCAGUCGAUAUUACAGGAGCCCGGUCAUGCUCAUAAAGCGCCACGGCACCCGACCAGGCCCCUGUUAAGAGAUCAAAUCGCGGUGGCCGUUUUGUUUGGCAAAAUUACGGCGGAACCCCACUUGUGUUCUUGCUGAACACCAAUUGGGAAACGCUGCCUUAGACUGUUACUCUUGUCUGUGUCUUAUAAUAUCUUUGGAUUGCGUUGCAAUGUAAAUUAAUUUCAGUCAUUAUGAGAAUUUCAUAAAGAUUAUAUCACUCUUAAGCAACAAUACUCCAGGCAUCGUGACCACUACAGUGCACUAUAGUUGUUAUGGUUCCAGGAGUGCCCUGGCACUACCCCAGGGUAAGUAGUCAAACGGUUUGCCAAAUUACCUGGGCAAUUACCUGGGGUCUACUCGCACCAGUUUCUGUUUCUAGAAAAUCUAGAAGCUUCAAAAAGGAGCUUCCAUUAGCCACCCCUGAGCUAAGUGUAUAGCAGGGUCUUGGAAAGCUAGAAACUUCAAGAAGGAGCUUGCAUUAGCCCCCCUCCCUGAGCAAAGUCUGUAGCGGGAUCUUAUACUGAGAGUGUCAGCCGAGUCCUCUGAGCCAAUGAGCUAAGCCCUGCACUACCGGCUCAGAGUAGAGAGAUGACCGUGGCCCAGUGGACACCAGGUAUUUACAAACAAUUUGACUGAUAAGCUGAAGAUGGCAAACGAUUCUCGAUGGACAGUUAGAUGCGUUUGCGCCAGUAGUCCCCAACUCUUCUCUGUGAAAAGCAUCUGAAUUGUAAAAGAUUCUCAAUUCUAAUGCUCUCACUGUUACCACACAGACUGCAGACAAAAUGUAGCUAUCAGGUUUGCUAAAAAAAAACCCGGAUAUUACAGAAACCUCUUUAAUGCCAAUUAAAGGGCUUUAUUUUAACUAUACAUCAGGGGUAGUGAAAAGUUAUAUUUCCAUUCAUUGUAAAAGUGUCCCUUCAUCAGGCCGUGCCAGCGUUAAUACUUUCAAAGCCUGGUGGCAGUCGUAUUUCAACUGCAGCUGGAGAUCAACCUUUUGGCCAGUGUUUCUAAACACUGAGCUUUCUACAAGUUUUUAAUUGUGUAUAUUUUGUGUUUAUUCUAAUAUUUAACAGUAGGUGGCACUCAAGGACUUUUGUCCUGCGUAAAGGAAUAUAGUGGCAGAUAUUUAAAAGAAAAUGAGCCAUGUCUUCAAGUCUCUUCAGUAUUCGUUAUCUAAGCAGCAUGUGAACUCUGUAUGUUUAAUGUUAUUGCUGUAGAGAACUCUGCGUGGGAAGUGAAGUCUCCCUAAAAGUGACUCUCCAAACAACGUUACCAGUCAGCUCAUUGUAGUGUUUUGGGUGCUAGAAAACUAUGGGUAUAUCCCUCCAGAUUUGUAAAACAGUUAUGUAAGGAAUAUUCUUGCUUUAUAAAUAAAUGCCUUUUUUACAUUUUAUUUUUUUAAAUAAUGCUGGAGUGUUAAAGAGUCUCCUAUGCCCCUUCCCCAAUACCUGCAAAUAAAGUGUUGAUUUAGCUCUAAUCCACAGACAGAAGGUCUGUUGCUGCAGCUCUGCUUUACCCGCUGUGAGAUUAUCAAGCCCUGCAGAGAAGCCAUUGGAUGCAGGGUGCAUGCGCAGAAAUUGCCGCACUGUGCCUGUAGUGCUUGUCAUUGUCACAUGCUACUUUAAAAAUACAGUGGGUAUCCUUGUUCAGUUCUGGGAUCCACCAACUAAGGUUAUAAAAUGACCAAUCUUUCCAACAUUUUAGGCUUGAUUAAUAGGAAACCUAAAUACCAUAACCACUACAUCUCAUUGUAGUGGUUAUGGUACUGUAAUUCUAGGACCAUUAUCCCAUUGUUUUGUUGUUUGUUUUUUCAAAUUAGUUUGGAACGGCAAGCAGUGUUCUCAGCCUCUGAUUAACGUCCAGGUUGCAUGAUGCCACACAUAAUUAUGAAGAAGUGUAAUUAGCACAUUAUCAAUAUGGAGGUAUUUGGCUAUUGGUGCUUGGGAGCUCCCUUUUUUUAAUUUUUUAAACCUAAAAAACUGAGAGACUGUAGCAAUUGACUAAUGGCACCAUAACCAAUACAAUGAGCUUUAUUGGUAAUGGUGCUUAGGAUGUUACUGGGUUGUUUUUUUUUGUCAUUUAAUUUUUUGCGUUAUGCAUAUAAUGCAUGACAAGGAAAACCAGCAUGUGACACAGAAUUUGGCUGAGUAAUAAAAACCGUAUGAUCUAGGCCUAGGUGGUAGAGUUGAACAUCUCGUUUCAUAAUGGGUAAAGAGUAAACAGGUUUACAAGUGUAUCAGCAAAUAGGAGACAGGAGGACACCCCGGAGAGAGACAUAAAAAAAACCCAAAGCAACACUGGAGUUGAUGCUAGCCGACAACACAACAUGCAGUCUGCUUCCAAAUCUACCGGAUGAUUCUUUGCAAGAUUCUUUGGGAGUCUGUGAUUGGACAGCCAGAGUAAGUCCGGGGGAGUUUGGAAGGGGGGUUAUUGCAAAGUUUGCAGACAAGAGAGCCUCAGCUUUUGCAAGCUGCCCCAAUGAAAAAAAAUGCAUAACUAAAUGCAUGCAUGUCUUCUAAACAGUGAUUUUUUACAAUUUAUUUGGGCAGCUUAUUACACCUUGUAGUCAGCACAGAGAGUGGAAAAGGAACAGAGGCAAUGUUUCAGCUUCCUCUCCCUUAUAAUACGUGACCAGGACUUAUCUGGAUUGUGACAUCAAUUGUUAACUCUUUUAACCCACAUUUAAAGGGGGACUGUUGCUUUUGUGGACUUUACACCAGUGACGGAAAAACUGGAAUUCACCUGUAAUUUAUGUUGACCUUAUUUUCAAGAGUUGCUUUAUUCAUUAAAUUCAUUUAAAAGGAUUAGCAAGUUACAUCAUAAUCCUUUUCACAUAUACCUCAUCAGUGUAUCUUUUCCAUACAUUUUUCUGAAUGGGUAACUAGUGAUAAGCUGAGAGCAUUGGCUUCUUGAUUGAAACCUCGGAGGGGUAGAUCGAUCAGAUGCUGUCUUCCAGACUUUGGAGUUAAAUAGCUUGUUAUUGUUUUUACCCAUUAAGAGAUAUCCUUGCACCAUAACAACUAUGAUUAAAGGGACACUAUAGGCACCUAGACCACUUCAUCUCAUUGAAGUGAUCUGGGUGCAAUGCCCCUGUCUUCCUUAGUCCUGUAAUGUAAAUCAUUUCUGUUUUAGAGAAAAUGCAAUGAUUACCUUGCAGGACUAAGAAUGCUCGCUAGGUGACUUUUGGUCACCUGGAGCCAGUGUCAGAGAAAACCUCAUUGGAAAGCUUUGCAUCAGGUGACGGAGUGCCAACCCAGCGCCGAGAGAUAUUGGCACUGUAAUCGGGUAAGUACAGUAAGGCUUAACCCUUAUUCUGACUGGAAAGGGGAGUGGAGGGCAGAGGGAAGUAUAGUGUAAGGACUACAGCUUUGUAUUCUUUACACUAUGGCCUCUCUUUAAGUUGUUAUGAUGACCAGAGAGUCCCUUUAAUUAGCAUUACACAAGUCUCUUAACAUCUGCCACUUUAAAUAUUGAAAUUUCUCUAUAUCUGACCCCUACAGGAGACAAGCAUGUGUUCCAGUGCCCAUUGAAUUUUGAACCGGUUGCAGAUUAUGAUGGAGCAGAAAUCAAUGAACCUGACACGGAGGUGUGGUUAAUUAAGGCUCCAUCCGAUUUUACACCUGAAAGGUAAUCAAUGCGUGCUUUACCCUUUAAACCAAUAGCAAUUCUUAUUACUUAUAUCCCUGUUCCGUUUCUGUAUAGUGGCUGCAUUGGCUUAUCAUGUGAUAUUCCUGCGUGACUGUGUUGGUGUAAAUUCUACGUGAUUCAGUCCAUGCUUUAAAUGAUUGCAUCCCUGAAUAUAUCUAGUGUGUGCUGUUUAUUCACCCACUGAUUCUAAAAGGAGCCUGCUGUGCUGUUUUAUGGUUUACAAAAUUCUAUCCAUUUUUCCUUCUUAGCUUCAAUUCUCACCGCCUCCCACUCUCUGGCUACAAGACGCAGAAGGUGAAGGUUGAAGGCAUCCGUAAAUUGUACCACGUCCAAGCCACCCAUGGUGCCAGUGCCCCUUGCCGCGCUUUCCUUCCCCAAGAUGUAGAUGCUGGACUGAAAUUUGCUUGCGCCCCUCCUUUCCAGGGUAUCAUAACAGUUGCAGAAGCCCAUGCAGACUCUACGGCCCUUCAUCCUAUCCCUGAUAGGCCUUCUUUAAAAAUGCCCCAAAACCUAAAGCAACGAUAUCACCCCUUUGGAGCGGAUUCUCCAAUAACGAGGCAAAUAUCCGAGGGACAGUUUGCAGCAACACCCAUUAAAAAAAAGAAGAAAUCCAAAAAGCGCAAGCUGGAGGAGGCAACAGUGUAACAAUGGGACAUUAAUAGUGGGUACCGUUAAAAUUGAUCAGCUGCCUUGUAUUAUCCUGAACAAUAUGUAAAUAAAAUCAGCUCUGUCACCAAACUUUUAAAACAUAUUGGCUUAGUCUUAAUUUAUGCAUCUCUUAGUUUUAACAUGGCUUAUUUUUUAACUUCAGAUGGCAAAUAAUUAUUUCUUUAUAUUCAUUAAGGGUAGAGGAUGGAUGUCCCAGUGUAAUUAUGAGUUGAUAUGUUUGUCUGGUAUUUGUAUUUUUGGAUUAGGACUCCAAAAGUAUCAAAAUACUACAAUGUUGCCAGUUUUUACUCUUGCUCCUUGGCCUGGAUUCCCUCUGAGUCCCACUCUGUUUCAUGCUGUCCCUGUCUACCAACUCUCCUUGUUUUUUCUUUUUAGUAGUUGCUGUUUGUGUCUGGAUAUUAUAAGACAACUGAAAUCACCCUGACUACAUCAUCUCAAUGAAGUGCUGUAGUUUUUACCAUUUAUUGUAAGACACUGCCGUUUUGUAAAGAGAGCAUUGUUGUUGUUUAGUCGUUCAGUCGUGUCCGACUCUCCGUGACCAUGUGGACCCUAGCACGCCAGGUACAUCUCUCAGUCACUGCCCAUUCUGAGCUCCAACAACUUUAUGUUAGUUGCUUCAGUGACCUCAUCUAUUCAUCUCAGUCUCUGUCGUCCCCUUCUUCGUGUGCCUUCAAUCUUUCCCAGCAUUAGAGUCUUCUCUAGAGAAUUCUGCCUUCUCAUUAUAUGGCCAAAAUAUUUGAGCUUCAGCCUCAUGACCAGUGAACAGUGAAAGAGAGCAUAGUCAAUAUUAAAGCACAGGCUGACAGUGGGAUAUACCUUCAUGUUGCCACUCACUUGGGAUGGCACUAUUCUCAUUCAGAAGAUAGUUCAAGCAAAUGUGUGGGCACACACAAAAUGUAUCCAAUGCAAACUUUAUAAGACAGAGAAGUUGUGAGCAUCUGCAUUGUAUUAACUCUGUGUGUG